AUGACCGCGCGUGCGAUCUACAAAGCCAUAUUGGCUGUGGAUUCCGCCGACGGCGCCAUCGUGCAAGAUCUUUUGCUUCCAGUAGACACGUCUGAAGCCUUCGUCCGCGCUGUUCCAAAGAAAAAGGGGGAGUUGACUUUAAACUUCGGCGUCUGGGGUCCUACUGAUCCUGCACCCGCAGCAGUCCGCAAAACCAACAGAGAUUUGGAGCAGAAACCCCGAGAGUUGCGCGGGAUGAAGGUACCUUAUGCUGCCAAUUUCUACACCGAGGACGAGUUUUGGAGUCUCUAUGACCGCCCCAAGUAUGAUGACCUGCGGAAGAGAUGGCAUGCAGAGGCGUUGCCGAGUAUGUAUGAGAGAGUGCGCAGGGUACAGACUCAAGACAUCAGCAGAGAAGAAGGGACAAGAGAGCCCCAGGGACAGACUUGGAAGGAGGCUGUGUUGACGACCUGGCCGCUAGGAGGACUGUACCGAACCUAUCACGUGAUUUUCCGAUAA